GUCAAAUCGAAUAAUUAUUUUUAGUAUAUAGCAUACCGUAUCAUUGGAAUAAGCAGAAUCACUUGAAAUACAUAUUAUAUUAAAUUUACCUUGUAUAUCGACAAUUAAUUUCAUUUAUAGAAUUUGUUGCUUCAGUGUUUAUUGCAGUCAUGGCCACUGGCAUCAGAAUGGAUAGAUCCGCACUCGCCGAGUUCAGCGCUGCGUAUAUGUACUACAUGGAGAAGCACAAGCUGCUGGAUAUCAUGAGCCGCAUCCUGGCCGAGGCCACAGUGCGGCAGAUUGACGAUGUGCGUAUUUGGUUGGGCAGUAAUAUACGGAAUAUAGCGCAAGAAAUCUACUCGAAGGCCUUGAAUGCCUUUCAUCAGGGCAUCGAUGCCGACUACUUUCAGCUGCCGAAGAACUUCUUUCAUCGCAUCGUGCUGCACGGACGCGUCGGCUCGGGCCGUCGCUCGCUGGCUCAUGUGCUGGCCCAGCGGUGGAAUCUGCUGAUACUGGAUGCCGAUACGCUGGCCUAUCACCACAUCAAUGAGCCCGCACGAGAUAAGGAUGUGACGAUGCUGCAUCAAGGCAUCGAGAAUCGUUCGGCCUAUAAGAUAUCCGAGGCUAUUGGCAACAUCAUACAGAAGCGUUUGUUGCAGGACGAUGCACUGCAUCGCGGCUGGAUACUGAUCAACUAUCCGAAUAAUAGAUGUGAGGCCCGGGAGCUCUUCGAGACCUUCAGCGUGCCGCCCAAUCGCCUGGUCUUCCUACAGGUCGACGAGCAGACGGCACGCAUGCGCCUGCUGAUGCGCAAAUAUGCGCCCUGCCCGCAGGACAACAUCACCUAUAUGGACUAUCAGAUGCAGCAGUUCCGCAAAAGCGAGCCCCUGCUCAAUACCUAUCUCAGUCAUCGACGCGAGGUGAUCUAUGUGAAUGCCACCGAAUGCUUCGAGACCGUCAAGUGCCUCAUCAUGUCGCAGCUAACCAAGACGCCCUACAUGCUCGGCUACAAGUACGGCGAGAAUAGUCCACUCGACUAAAUUGUCCGCUGCUCCAAUUACAAACUCCACUUCCACAUAAAUUAUUAGAUCUCUGGGCGAGCUACAAACUUGCCUCAGCAUAAAGAA